UUACGAAUCUGUGUGGGAUAGUGAGAGAUCGCACUGAACCACCACCAGAGAACCAAUAACUUCCUGGCCUGCCUUAGUAUUUCUAAUACAUCCGUUGUUGCGAGUGUACAAAAUAAGCGAUAUUUUAAAUCCCAAUUUUUUCCAGUUAUUUUUCUUAUUUUAUUUAAAUGUUCUUAUUGAGGAAUGGCUUCUUCUUGCACAUGUCAUCAACAACACCCGGAACGCAGAUCACAUUGAAGUUUACCUUCUGUUUCUUUGUUUUGUGGACACUGGCAGAGGUAUGGCUGUGGGGCAGAAACCAAGCAGUGCAGAGACAUUUGUUUUGGCUGGAUUGAAUGGACAUGGAGAGACAAGUCACACCGGUUUGAAUGACACUGUGCAGAAUCACACCGCCGACCACCAGAGCUCGGGGAGGGCCAGAGUCGCGUCUGACAUGAGGUACAAGUGUGCUGCUUAUGUGCUGGCCCUGCGGCCGUGGAGUUUCAGCGCCUCCCUCACACCGGUGGCUCUGGGCAGUGCCCUGGCCUACAAGCUGGAGGGCUCUGUGGACUUGGUCAUCCUCAUGGUGUGUGCCGUGGCAGUGCUGGUGGUGCACGGGGCAGGGAAUCUGGUUAACACUUACUAUGACUUCUCCAAAGGGAUCGACCACAAGAAGAGCGACGAUAGGACUCUGGUGGAUGAGAUCCUGGCGCCGCAGGACGUGGUCAUGUUCGGAGCGCUGCUCUACUCUCUGGGCUGCUUGUGUGCCACCCUGCUCUACUUUCUCUCCACGUUGAGGAUGGAGCAUCUGGCCCUUAUUUAUUUUGGAGGGCUCUCCAGCUCUUUUCUGUACACGGGAGGCAUUGGUCUUAAGUACGUGGCCCUGGGGGACGUGGUGAUCCUGAUCACGUUUGGCCCCCUGGCGGUCAUGUUUGCCCAUGCUGUGCAGGUGGGCUACCUGUCUGUCCUGCCUCUGGUCUACGCCGUUCCCCUGGCCCUCAACACAGAGGCUAUCCUACACAGCAACAAUACCAGAGACAUGGACUCUGACAAACAGGCGGGCAUCGUCACUCUGGCCAUUCUCAUCGGGCCAACGUUGUCCUACAUCCUCUUCAACCUCCUGCUGUUUGUCCCUUAUGUGCUCUUCUGCAUCCUGGCCACCCACUACACCAUCAGCAUGGCCCUGCCCCUGCUCACGUUGCCUAUGGCCUUCCCCCUAGAGAGGCAGUUCCGCAGCCAGUGCUAUUCCAAGAUUCCCCAAAAGACAGCCAAGCUCAACCUCCUGAUGGGACUUUUCUAUGUCUUUGGGAUCAUUCUGGCACCUCAAGGCAGCUUACCGCUACUGUGAUUGAAUUGUAGCUUCUUUUAUAGCUUUUUUUGUUGUUGAAAUGCAGACUAGUUUAUGUACAUCUUUGUAUUUGUAAUUGUUUACUUGAGUUCAAAGGCUUUAAUGUAUUGUCUAAUUUAUACGUCCAGAGAAACAGUUUAGUUACUCUUCUUUAAUACUGACAGAUAUAACCAGAUGCGUAACUGGUCCAGUAUUUUGCAUAGUUUUGUGUAUCGAUUGAAGUCUGAGAUGUGUUCAGACUCAUUUGGUAUAAGACUACAGUACAGAGGACAUUUCAAGUCCUGAUGCCUCAAAAUGAGGACAGACGUUGAAGAAACGGUUGCCAUGGGUUGCGGCGGGCCCUCAGACUUGCUACCGGUGAUGCAAUUCUUCAAAAUGUCAAUAAACCAAAUCUAAACCA